CCGAAGGCGGGCGGCUGGCGGGCAGACGGGCUGUGGUGCUGGUGGCCAGCCGCGCCACGCUGCGGGAGCCGCCGCCGCCUCGCCUCGCCGCACCAUGUCCGGCCAGCUGGAGCGUUGCGAGCGCGAGUGGCAUGAGCUGGAGGGAGAAUUUCAGGAACUGCAGGAAACCCAUAGGAUCUACCGGCAGAAGCUGGAGGAGCUGACCUCACUCCAGACUUUGUGCAGCGGCUCCAUCAACAAGCAGAAGACGCGACUAAAGGACUUGAAGCACACACUCCAGAGGUACAAGCACCAUGCCAGUUGGGAGGAGGCAGAGCUCAUUCAGCAGAUGAGUGCCAACAUCAAGGAGCGGCAGAACAUAUUCUUCGACAUGGAGGCCUACCUGCCCAAGAAGAAUGGGCUCUACUUAAAUCUGGUCCUUGGCAAUGUGAAUGUGACCCUUCUCAGCAACCAGGCUAAAUUUGCUUACAAGGAUGAGUAUGAGAAGUUCAAGCUCUACCUGACCAUCAUCCUGCUCCUGGGUGCUGUGGCGUGCCGAUUUGUCCUUCACUACAGGGUGACGGAUGAAGUUUUUAACUUCCUGCUGGUGUGGUAUUACUGCACCCUGACCAUUCGGGAGAGUAUUCUCAUCAGCAAUGGCUCAAGAAUUAAAGGCUGGUGGGUGUCUCACCACUAUGUGUCCACGUUCCUCUCUGGAGUGAUGCUGACCUGGCCUAACGGAUUAAUUUAUCAGAAGUUUCGUAAUCAGUUUUUAGCGUUUUCCAUUUUUCAGAGCUGUGUCCAGUUCCUGCAAUAUUAUUACCAGAGAGGCUGCCUCUACCGGCUGCGGGCUCUGGGGGAGAGGAAUCACCUAGACCUCACGGUGGAAGGGUUCCAGUCCUGGAUGUGGCGAGGCCUCACCUUCCUUCUGCCUUUCCUGUUCUGUGGCCAUUUCUGGCAGCUCUACAAUGCCGUCACGUUGUUUGAACUCUCCAGCCAUGAGGAAUGCAGAGAAUGGCAGGUGUUCGUGUUGGCGCUCACUUUCCUCGUCCUCUUCCUUGGCAAUUUCCUGACCACACUCAAAGUGGUGCACGCGAAACUUCAGAAGAACAAAAACAAAGGGAAGAAGCUGUGAGCCAAGGGACCUGUGCACCCCCAGCCCCCGGGGUUCAAGACUGCAGGGCGUUCCAGCUGGCACCUGGCUGCCCAUUUCCUCCCCAGAGUGCCCUUGGCUACCGGCAGCAGCCACAUCACGGGCCAAGGCCCUGGUCCCUGGUGGACAAGAGGAACGUGACCCCUGCCCGUCUACACAAUGUUAGCUGCCCCAGCCUCCCUAUUUAUGACAUAUUUAAUAUGGGGUCCCCCCGACUGCUCUGGAACCCACAGUCUUCCCUCGCUGCCCUCUCGUGGCUGAUGACUGGCCCAGUCUUCCUGGUCGGGGGCCUAAAGCCUCAGGGAGGCCCUCAGGUCGAGGUUUAGAUGUGCCUCGCUGGGGUGCCGACCUGCCACUUGCUGAGUCCCCAGCCGGUGGAAGGAAACCCCUGGGCGUCCUGUGGAGCCUCCCUCUCCGGGGCAAACCGCUUCUGCUGUCAGCUCUCCCGGCCUCCGCCGCUCCGCGGCGGGGUAUUUAAGUUCUCGAGAACCACUGUCUGUCUGUGCCUGGUGCUCUUUGCGCUUCCGAGUCCCACCUGCUGGCCUCCCUGCAGGCUUGGGCCCCGGGGUGGGGCUGGGGCAAGGGGUGUGCCACUAUCACCAGAGGGCGCCCCAGCCUUGGCCUCGCUUGGGUGGCUUGAGGUGGUUUGGUUGUUUUUGAUUCUAGAAAGUUUGGCUUUCUGACCCCCACCCCUCAGCCCACUUUCCUGAACUCUCGAAGUGAGCGGGACCGGACUUUCAGCGCUGGCUAGGACUUAAGCCAUCACGGAGCUACCCCCCUCCCCCUCAGGUUCUGGAAUGUUUGGGGGGGGGGUGGAGUCUCAGCAGGCUCUCUUCUGGGAGGCGGCACUUGGAAGCCAGGACCAGUCUGCUGGUCGCCUUGUGUACUUGUGAGGACGACAAAGAAGCUGGCCGUCUGGGUGACUGUUCUGCCCGUCCCCGCACGCGGGCCUCAGCUGCCUUUACUUCCCCACGAGUCCGCCCUGACCGGGGCUCGCAGCGGCACCCACAGUCAUGCUUUGGCCCUCAGGGGAGUUUAAGCUUUUUUAAUUGUUACAUUUUUAAAAUAUGAGAUUUCCCUCCACCCCAGUAAGAGUCCACAUAAAAAGCCAGAUUUCUACUUUCCCUAGAAAACCGGAAAGACCUGUCAGCAUUCCCACAGGGCAGCUCUGGGCUGGGAGGAGCUGCCUGCCGAGGAUGGGGUGCUUGCUUCCUAGUGUCCCACACACCCCACCACUCCCUUUUGUACCUGUCCUGUUUCACCCGUUUGCGCCUUCCAUCUGGCCCUUAGGCACUGGGUUUUUCCCUCAACUAGGAGUCAGUAACCUUUUUCUGUAAAGGGCCAGAUGGUAAAUGUUUGAGGGCCAGAUAAUCUGUUACAACUACCUUAGAUUGCAGUCGUAGGGCAAAAGCGGCUAAUGCAUAAAUAAAUGAGUGUGGCUGUG